CGCUCGGGCGCGAGAAGUGUGCGGGCGCAGGAGCACUUUGCGAUAGGAUGAGGCUCUUGGCUGGCGCGCGGUAGUACUAUGAUUUGGUAUGUGGCCACUUUGAUAGCAAGUGUGAUCAGCACCCGAGGUCUUGCGGCUCAAGCUGCCCACGGCCUUCGAGAGGAGCCUGAGUUUGUUACUGCGAGAGCCGGUGAGGGCGUGGUCCUGCGAUGCGAUGUGAUUCACCCAGUGACGGGACAGCCCCCACCCUAUGUCGUGGAGUGGUUCAAGUUUGGGGUGCCCAUCCCUAUCUUCAUCAAGUUUGGCUACUAUCCCCCUCAUGUGGACCCUGAGUAUGCAGGCCGGGCAAGUCUUCAUGAUAAAGCAUCCCUGCGACUGGAGCAGGUUCGCUCUGAGGACCAGGGCUGGUACGAGUGCAAAGUGCUCAUGCUGGACCAACAAUAUGACACCUUUCACAAUGGUAGCUGGGUCCACCUUACCAUCAACGCUCCUCCCACCUUUACGGAAACACCCCCCCAGUACAUCGAGGCCAAGGAGGGCGGCAGUGUUACCAUGACCUGCACAGCUUUUGGGAACCCCAAGCCCAUUGUCACCUGGCUGAAGGAGGGGACACUCCUAGGUGCUAGUGGGAAAUACCAGGUGAGUGAUGGCAGCCUGACGGUGACAUCGGUCAGUAGGGAGGACAGAGGUGCCUACACCUGUCGUGCAUACAGCAUCCAGGGGGAGGCUGUUCAUACCACUCACCUGCUUGUCCAAGGGCCUCCCUUCAUCGUUUCCCCUCCUGAGAACAUCACUGUCAACAUAUCCCAGGAUGCUCUGCUCACCUGCCGGGCAGAGGCGUAUCCCGGCAACCUUACCUACACCUGGUAUUGGCAGGACGAGAACGUCUACUUCCAGAAUGACCUGAAGUUGAGAGUGCGGAUCCUGAUCGAUGGGACCCUGAUCAUCUUCCGGGUGAAACCUGAGGAUGCAGGGAAAUACACCUGUGUUCCUAGCAACAGCCUGGGGCGCUCCCCUUCUGCCUCAGCAUACUUAACUGUGCAGUAUCCAGCCCGUGUCCUCAACAUGCCCCCUGUCAUCUACGUGCCCGUGGGAAUUCACGGCUAUAUCCGAUGCCCUGUGGAUGCAGAGCCACCAGCCACCGUGGUCAAGUGGAACAAAGAUGGCCGCCCCCUGCAGGUUGAGAAGAACCUGGGUUGGACCUUGAUGGAGGAUGGCUCUAUUCGGAUUGAGGAGGCCACAGAGGAGGCUCUUGGCACUUACACCUGUGUGCCUUACAACACCUUGGGGACCAUGGGCCAGUCUGCUCCUGCACGGCUUGUCCUGAAGGACCCCCCGUAUUUUACGGUGCUACCAGGCUGGGAGUAUAGGCAGGAGGCUGGCCGGGAGCUGCUUAUCCCCUGUGCUGCUGCAGGGGACCCUUUCCCUGUCAUCACUUGGAGAAAGGUAGGGAAGCCCAGCAGAAGCAAGCACAAUGCCCUGCCCAGCGGGAGUCUCCAGUUUCGAGCCCUGAGUAAGGAGGACCACGGGGAGUGGGAGUGCAUCGCCACCAACGUGGUCACCAGCAUCACUGCCAGUACCCACCUGACCGUCAUCGGCACCAGCCCCCAUGCCCCGGGCAGUGUCCGGGUCCAGGUCUCCAUGACAACUGCCAACGUGUCCUGGGAGCCAGGCUAUGAUGGAGGAUUCGAGCAGACAUUCUCAGUUUGGAUGAAGCGGGCACAGUUUGGGCCCCAUGACUGGCUAUCUUUGCCAGUGCCACCGGGACCCAGCUGGUUGCUAGUGGAUGCCCUGGAGCCUGAGACAGCAUACCAGUUCAGCGUCCUGGCCCAGAACAAGCUGGGAACGAGCGCCUUCAGUGAGGUGGUCACUGUGAACACUUUAGCAUUCCCUAUCACAACUCCAGAACCCCUGGUGCUGGUUACCCCACCGAGGUGCCUCACAGCCAAUCGGACCCAGCAGGGUGUGCUCCUGUCUUGGUUACCCCCUGCCAAUCACAGCUUUCCCAUUGACCGCUACAUCAUGGAAUUUCGUGUCGGGGAACACUGGGAGACGUUAGAUGGUGCCAUCCCGGGCACUGAUGGAGACUUCUUUGCCAAGGAUCUGUCACAGGACACCUGGUACGAGUUCCGGGUUCUGGCCGUCAUGCAGGAUCUGAUCAGUGAGCCCAGCAACAUUGCCGGUGUCUCCAGCACAGACAUCUUCCCACAGCCGGACCUGACCGAUGACGGGCUAGCUCGGCCUGUGUUGGCUGGAAUCGUAGCUACCAUCUGCUUCUUGGCAGCUGCCAUCCUGUUCAGCACCCUGGCCGCCUGCUUUGUCAACAAGCAGCGCAAGCGUAAGCUCAAGCGCAAAAAAGAUCCUCCACUCUCCAUCACUCACUGCAGAAAGAGCUUGGAGUCUCCCCUGUCAUCUGGCAAGGUGAGCCCUGAGAGCAUCCGCACUCUCCGGGCCCCAUCGGAGUCCUCUGAUGACCAAGGCCAGCCAGCAGCCAAGAGGAUGCUGAGUCCCACCCGGGAGAAAGAGCUGUCAUUGUACAAGAAGACCAAGAGGGCCAUCAGCAGCAAGAAGUACAGCGUGGCCAAGGCUGAGGCUGAGGCUGAGGCCACGACACCCAUUGAGCUCAUCAGCAGAGGCCCUGAUGGCCGCUUCGUGAUGGAUCCCUCUGAGAUGGAGCCCUCGAUGAAGAGCAGGCGCAUUGAGGGCUUUCCCUUUGCCGAGGAGACGGACAUGUACCCUGAGUUCCGCCAGUCAGAUGAGGAGAAUGAGGACCCGCUGGUGCCCACAUCUGUGGCUGCCUUGAAGUCCCAGCUGACCCCUCUGUCAUCCAGCCAGGAGUCCUACCUGCCACCACCAGCAUACAGCCCUCGGUUCCAGCCCCGUGGGCUGGAGGGCCCCGGCGGCCUGGAAGGUCGGCUCCAGGCCACAGGCCAAGCCAGACCUCCCGCCCCCCGGCCCUUCCACCAUGGCCAGUAUUAUGGGUACCUCAGCAGCAGCAGCCCUGGGGAGGUGGAGCCACCGCCCUUCUACAUGCCAGAAGUGGGCAGCCCCUUGAGCUCUGUCAUGUCCUCCCCGCCCCUGCAUACUGAGGGGCCUUUUGGCCACCCCACCAUUCCUGAGGAAAACGGAGAGAACGCUUCCAACAGCACGCUGCCCUUGACUCAGACACCCACGGGAGGGCGCUCCCCUGAGCCCUGGGGUCGGCCAGAAUUCCCCUUUGGGGGACUGGAAACCCCGGCCAUGAUGUUUCCCCACCAGCUGCACCCCUGUGACGUAGCCGAGAGUCUGCAGCCCAAGGCUUGCCUCCCUCGAGGACUGCCCCCCACCUCCCUGCAGGUGCCCGCGGCCUACCCGGGCAUCUUGUCUCUGGAGGCGCCCAAGGGCUGGGCAGGCAAGUCGCCGGGCAGAGGCCCCGUCCCAGCACCGGCCUCCGCUAAGUGGCAGGACAGACCUAUGCAACCUCUGGUGAGCCAAGGGCAGCUAAGACAUACCAGCCAAGGUAUGGGCAUACCCGUGUUGCCUUACCCCGAGCCGGCUGAGCCGGGGGGGCACAGUGGCCCCAGCACAUUUGGCCUGGACACCCGGUGGUACGAGCCCCAGCCCCGGCCCCGGCCCAGCCCCCGGCAGGCCAGGCGCGCCGAGCCCAGUUUACAUCAAGUGGUGCUACAGCCCUCCCGGCUCUCGCCUCUGACCCAAAGUCCCCUGAGCUCCCGCACCGGCUCCCCUGAGCUUGCCGCCCGGGCCCGGCCCCGCCCGGGCCUCCUGCAGCAGGCAGAAAUGUCGGAGAUCACCCUGCAGCCACCGGCCGCUGUCAGCUUCUCUCGCAAGUCCACGCCAUCCACCGGCUCCCCUUCCCAGAGCAGCCGCAGCGGGAGCCCCAGCUACCGGCCCACCAUGGGCUUCACCACUCUGGCCACAGGCUACCCCUCCCCUCCGCCAGGCCCUGCAGGGCCUGCGGACAACCUGGAUGUGUUUGGACAGACGCCUUCCCCUCGAAGGAUGGGGGAGGAGCUGCUCAGACCAGAGCCCCCCCCACCGCCAUUACCUACUUCAGGAACACAUCCACCUGCACCUGGGCAUGCUGCUGCACCUGAGAGGCUGGAGGCUCUGAAAUACCAACGGAUAAAGAAGCCCAAAAAGUCAUCCAAGGGCUCUUCGAAGUCAAAGAAACGAUCCGACGGUUCUGCCUCCCAGGCUCAGCAGCUUCCAGACUCCCAGGUUCUGUGGCCCGAUGAAGCCGUCUGCCUCCGAAAGAAGAAGAGACACUCUCGGCCUGACCCUUUUGCCCGCCUCUCAGACCUGUGCCACCGCCAGCUUCCAGAAGACCAGACGGCGAUUCUCAACAGCGUGGAUCAUGAUGACCCUGGCCAUGCCACCCUGCUGUGACACGACACAACUCUAAGUGUUCCCUGAGUGGCAGUGCUGGGCUGAGGGGCAAGGGAGGAUGAGGGUGUGCCAGCAGGCAGGCAGUUUCUGGGGCUGCUCUGACCUUUGUUCUGUUCAUUCUGCCUCUGGCCAGAGUGGAACCUCUGAACCCUGGCCAUCCGGUCUCACUUUCGGGACAGAAGGCCAGGGGCAGACCUGUAGGUAGAGAUCAGAAAGUGAACCAGGGACAGGGAGAGAUCUGCCUCCUUCCCACCUCUCCCCUCUUCCCUGGCUUGAUUUUUCUCACCUCUUCAAAUAUCUUUGGAAGUGAAGAAGGGGAAAGCAAUGGCUUUUACUGCUCUCUGCUUGUGUUUCAGUUUCUCAAAUCCUGGAAGAGGGCUGGACUUCCACCCCAUCUUCCAAAUCUACAUAUAUAUAGAUAUAGAUACAAAUGCAUAUGUAUGUAGUUUGUGGGCUUCUCUAUGUAUAUAUAUGUACAUUGAAGCAAAGUGCUGUUUAUUUCUGUGGUCAGUGAAGGAAGGAGGUAGAGGGCAGCAUACUGCUGGGGUUUGUGAGUAGGACUGGCUGAGAGCCAGCUGGGCAUCUGAUAUCCGUCCUGGGUAUUCUUCCUUCUGAAACAGGAUUCAUGGCUUCUCAGCUGAACUCUACCUUCUCCUGUCCAGAGCAGAAAUGGGUCUUCCAAUGCUUUCUAGCUGCCUGCUUUGGGGGUUCAGCAAUGAGUUACCACAGAACUAAACACAAGCCUUUAUUUCUUGGUUCCUGGGUGAAGAAAGGGUAGCCAGCAAAAGGGCCAGACUGGCAUCUUUCUUCCUUCCACAGUUUGUCCCAUGCUGCGGAAGUAGAAGCUGCUUAGCAGUGGGGCCAAGAAGCAGGUCCUGAUGCACAAACUCGAGCUGAUUCGUCAGUCCCCUUUGGUCCAGCCAGGGCCAGAAGCCCUGUGGCCAAAGGGCUUCCCGUUCUGGAGCCAUCUGUUCUGAACACCAAGCUGCCGCGGCUCUAUUUAUAUCCUGCCUCUGGCUCAGCACCCUCUGGAGCGCUGCUCCAAAGGCACUGAUUGGAUUCCUCCUUUCCUUUUGUGGGAGCUAAUUCCCCAGAUUGAUUAAUUGCCACUUGUGGGGAGCCCGCCUGCGUCUCCUUUCCAUCUCUCCACAUGCUGCCUGCAGACUCUUCUUUGCCCUGGGCCCUCCUGCAUUCCGUGGACCCAAGCUCCAACAGGAUGGGAUCACAUGAAGCUAGGGUGCCUCAGAUUUCCAGAUUCUGGGGCAACUCUGGAUCCCCUCUCUUCCCUCAGUUUUAUUUCUGUGGAACUGGCUGAGGCAAAGGGAUGAAGGUAGAAGGGUUAUAGGUAGGGGCCUGGGUUCUGGUCCUUUUUCUGCCAAAAUCUUGUCCUAGUUCAAACUAUUAGCACCCAGAAGCUUCUGUGCAGUCAUCUUACAGUGACUAAAGAUGCAUCUCCAGUAAGAUAAUGGUGCUGCCCAAGAGCAGGACAGAAGGUCCUGAAGAUGGAUAGGGGUGCAUCUGCUCUUUCCCUUCUUCUUAUGCAGGAGCCUGUGUUCUGACUACCUGGGAAUAAAGGUGGCUGUCAGGUUCCUUGAAGUAUUUCCUUCUUGGUGCUGUUGUCUUGGUGGGUUUGGGGACAUCUACCCCUCCCCAGUUACCUGCUUGGAUGUUGGCCAGGUCAAAGCUCUAGAGGCUUCUGCUGGUCUCACUGCAGUUGUGACUGGUUUAGCCCACAUGACCUCAGCAAGGGGGGCUCUGAGAGCUGGGGAGCUUCUCCCUGCUGGGAACUUCCAUCUUAGGGAAUGGAUUCUUCUCUGCCACACAAGCCCCGGUGCUUCCUUUAUCUUGCCUAGAGAGUGGGGACCAACUCCACUUUUGGGGUCUGGCUACAUGCCACAUAGCCAUGGUUCCUUUCUAAGGGCAGUGAGUCAUGGUGACAGAGGUGGGAGAGGGCAGUUUCUGGCCCUCAUCUUGUUGACUGCCCCACUGCUCUGGACUGGGCCUUGUACCCUUGGGGUGGAGCCUCAACCUUCUGGCCAAUGCACUUCUUCUGGCAUCCAAGACCACUUUACCACCAGGUGGCAGUUCCAGCAAAACAGAAAAGCAGAGGUCGGGUGACUGUCUGCUUUUCAGAGGCAGCACUACCUCUGCCACCGUGCCCGAUAAGUGACUCACUGAGUACCUCUCCUAGGACAUGCAGGGAAUGGACAUGGGUCUCAUACCAAGUCAGUUUGAACCCUCUCUGGGCAUGUUGUUUGCCAACCAGGGUGGAUCCUGGAUGAAAUGUGAAUGUGGGAUGCCAGGGCUGAAGGACUUCAGGGUGAAUUGGGCCAAUCUUUCUGAGCCCUGCGCUUGGAAUUCUAGGUCCUGAGCUUACAGAAGAGGAGAAGAUGGGGUGGAAGGCUUUGCCAUUUUAGGGUGUCCUACAAGACUGAGAGCCUAUCUCUGGGCUGAGGUGCCUCAGACUACAGCUGUGCUUUCCCAAGCGAGCCAUCUCCAGGGACCCCCAGUGAGCCAUAUCCAGGGCUAACAAAGGUGCUGACUCCUGUCUUCUCUUCUUCCUCUGGCAGUGCACCUUACCUCAGCGCAUCAGACCAAAUGGUUGGAGCUGUGCUUUUUUGCUGGCCACUGAGUGGCAACUAUGCUGGGACAUCCCUAAGGCUAGGGAAAGGACACAUAGCCAACCUAACCUUUUGACAGCCUCACACUCAUUUCUCCUCCUAAGAGGGCUUCCUUCUUGUGACAGUGUCCUUGAAGGCCAGCAGCCUCCCUGCAGCCCUGGGAGCUAUUUCAGUCCUUCCUUUAAGGGCUGUGGUGGGAAUUGGCAGAAUACAGUCCCCUUUGUCCCUCUGAUGGAGGGUAAAGAUGUCACAGGCACAUGCUUCCAUGCUGGGUGUGUGCGCAUGCGUGUGAGGGCGUGGUUGUGAACAUGUGCAUGAUGGGGGUCUAGCCUUUUCUUGGGACCAAAUGUCCUUUGUACUCUGCACUUGAACAAUGGCGAUGUGCACUUUUGAGCUUCCUAGGACUUUCGUGCUCCACUCUGUGGGUGAUCAAACGUCCUCCAGACUUCCUCUUUUAUGGUCUGGUAGCUUUGCAGAAGAAGCAACUCAGAUAAAAACCUAUUCUUGUGUCUCAGACUUUUGCCUAUCCAUUCAUUCCACACCUUGACUGGAAACUGAUUGUUUCAGGGUUAGGUGAUUCUCAGACCAGGGAAAGGAUUAAAUGAUUCUCAGAGGAGCCUGAGGCUGAAAGCACUUAGGGGGAUCUGAGACUACAAUUGUUUGAGGGGGAAUAAAUGAGCAAUAAGGAGAAGGUGAAUUCUGUUUCUUGAUUGCUGGCUGACCACACUGAGUGGGUUUCAUGGCUUGUGUGGGGCCUUGUGUGUGUAUCAUUGUUUGUGGCCCAGCUCAGCACAUGCUAGUGAGCCCUGCCGCCAUAUCUCCCUUGUGACUUUCCUUGAGAGAUGGGGGUUAUGAGAGGCCUUGGGAGAUUCCACUUUCUCUAUAGGCAGUCUGCUUCAUCCCACAGGGCUGGUGAGGUCUGUGCCCCAUUUAGAAGAGGGGCCUAUGUCCCAUGAUCAUGCUCUAGGGGGCAUCUCAAGCAGGGGUAGACUGGGGUGAGUAAUUAUUAAUAUUUUUCAGUGCUCUCUGUCUUUAUUUUGAUUUGGGAUCUAAAAUAUUUAGGAUUAAACUGAUUCCAGUUGUUUCCCUGUGUCCUUUUUAUGCAGAAGACACUGGGUAGGGUUCAGAUGUGGAAUUUCCUGAUGAGUUUGGUUUUUGUUUUAGCUCAUUUGAGUUUUUGCUGAGUUGACAAAACAGUAGCUUCAAGGGAGAAACAGACUUCACCAAGUCAGGGUGACUUUGCCACUUCCUAGGAUUAAAAUCCAUGGCUGAGGUGUGUGUGGCUGGAGCUGUUUCUUCCAGUUUUGUUAGAAAAGCCUUCU